AUUUAAACAAAUACUUUUACUUUUUGUUGGAAAGACUCUUUUAGAUUUCUAUGAUAAGAAUAGAGAUGCUGCUAUAACUUUGCAUUCAUCAUUGUUUGGAAAAAAAUAAAAUAAAAAAAGAAGAGAGUUUCAUUCAUCAUCAACCAUGGUGCUAAAUGUUAUCAAGAUCUCCCAUAUCAGCCCCUCCACAGAUUCAUUCUCUGACCCACUCGUUGUCCCACUCACUUUCUUCGACCUAAAAUGGCUAAAAGAUUCUGUACAACAAGUCGUCUUCUACAAACUCACCGACUCAUCAUCAUCAUCACGCGACUUCUUCUACUCCGUGAUCAUCCCCAAACUCGAGACAUCUCUUUCUCUUGUCCUCGGUCACUUCCUCCCCCUCGCGGGCCACGUCACUUGGAACCCUCAAGAUCCUAAGCCGUGCAUCGUCGUGUCCCCACACGACACUGUCUCGUUGACAAUCUCUGAAAGCAACGCAGAUUUCACCAAUAUUUCAGGCAAGGGAAUACGUCUUGCUAAGGAGACACGUUCCCUAGUCCAAGAGUUUCCAGCCUCUUGUGACUCGCCACGUGUCCUUUCUUUACAAGUUACCUUGUUCCCUAACCAAGGGCUCUCCAUCGGCAUAACCGCAAACCAUGCGGUCAUGGACGGUAAAACGGUGGUGAAUUUUUAUAAAUCAUGGGCUUACAUAUGUAAAUCACAAACACAUGGAAACAUAUUAUUACCGGAUGAUUUAACUCCUCGUUUAGACCGCACGAUCAUCAACGUUCCUUCUUGUCUUGAAGCCAAGAUGUUGGAGCUUCAAGGUGAAAGAACCCUCAAGAUCCCUCAAGCUGGAGAGAUAGGCCACGACAUAUUCAGGAUCACGCUUGAGUUGACUCGUGAAAACGUUGAGAAGCUUAAGGUUCGAGCUAAGAACGAGUCAACACGCGCUUGUGCUGAUCUUUACUUGUCCACGUUCGUUUUGGCUUACGCCUACAUGUGGACGUGUUUGUUGAAGACGCGUGGAGGUCAUGGAGAAAGACCGGUUCGUCUCAUGUAUGCUGCGGAUUUUAGGAACCGGUUAGACCCGCCGGUUCAUGAGACUUACGUAGGGAACUGUGUGUUCCCUAUUGGUUGCUUUGGACACGAAGCUAAGACGUUUUUGGGAGAAGAUGGGUUUGUUAAAGCUGUUGAGAUUCUUGGAGAUUCGGUUAAAGGUUUGAGUUUACUAGGGAUUGAGGAACUUUGUGAGUUGUAUGUGGAAGGAAAGAAGAGAGUUAAACCGGGUACACAGCUUGGGACUAUUGCCGGUUCGAACCGGUUUGGGUUGUAUGGUUCGGAUUUUGGGUGGGGGAACCCGGUUAAUACUGAGUUUGUAUCUAUUGAUAGGAAUGAAGCGUUCUCUAUGUCGGAGAGGAGAGAUAGGUCCGGUGGUGUGCAGGUUGGUUUGUGUUUGAAGAAACAUGAGAUGGAUAUUUUUGUUUCUUUAUUUAAUGAUGGAUUGGUAAAUUAAAUCUUUUUCUGGGUUUUAUGAAUUUCUCUGUUUGAGAUCUAGUAAUAUACCUAUAUGCAAAGUGUC